AUGGCUUCUAGAACCUUAGAUUUGCUACGACAGAUAGGAGUCAAAGAACAUUUUAGACUAGAAGUUUUAAAUGAAGAAGAAUCGUGGAGCUUGUUCCAAUCUAAGGCUAAUAAUUUAGAAAAAGAACCCGACAAGCAUCAAAUUGCAUUCCAGUUGGCAAAAAAGUGUGCAGGAUUGCCUAUUCUCAUAGUUACUAUGGCGCGCUCAUUGAUAGAUCAAAACAUUCAUGCGUGGAAAGAUGCUUUGAGCCAAUUAGAAAAGGUUGACAAUGAAGAGUUGCAGGAGAUAACUUAUUCAGCUUUGGAGUUAAGUUACAAAAGGCUAAAAGGCAAUGAAAUGAAAGCUUUUUUCUUGCUCUGUGCAACAAAUGGUAAAAAUCCUUCUGUCAAUGACCUAUUCAAAUAUGGGAUGGGUCUAGGUAUAUUCAACAACACAAAUACAAUGGAAGGUGCCAGAAAUAGACUUCACAACAUGAUAAGUGUGUUAAAGGCAUCUUGUUUGUUGUUGGAAGAUGACACAAGCACAACAAGGGUCAAAAUACAUGAUGUUGUUCGUGAAGUGGCUAUCUCCAUAGCUUAUAGGGAUUAUCACAUAUUAGCCAAGUACGGAGAUAAGUUGAGGGAAUUUCCCAAAAUGGAUAUUCUUAGCAACUGCUCCCAGAUCAUUCUAAGCAAUGGUGCUUUUCGCCAGCUUCCUGAAAAGUUAGAUGGUCAUAAUCUAAAAUUUUUCCACUUGGCUAAUUUUGAUCUGUCUCUGGAAAUCCCUAAUUUCUUUUUUGCGAAAACGAAAUUCCUUGAAGUUUUAGAUUUAGCAGGCUUGAACUUGACUUCACUACCCACUUAUUUUCUUUUCCUAACUAAUCUUAAAACUUUGAGUUUGGAUCAUUGUGUUCUGGAAAAUAUUGACGCAGUAGGAGCUUUAAAAAAUUUAGAAAUAUUGAGUCUCUUAAACUCAUCGAUGAUAAAACUUUCAAGCGAAAUAGGGAAAUUGAGUCAUUUAAGAAUGCUUGAUUUGAGUGAUUCUGGGAUUGAAAUCAUCCCAGCUGGCGUCAUAUCAAGCUUGAUCAAAUUGGAGGAAUUAUACAUGGGCAAUACCUCCAUUAAGUGGAAGAUUGAGAAUUCAGACAAUCAAGAUGAAAAUGCCAGCCUUGAUGAACUUCGUCAGUUGUCAAACCUAACAAGUCUAGAGCUACAGAUACAAGAGGCAUGGAUGUUGCCAAGAGACUUGAUGUUUCAUAAAUUAGAAAGGUUCAAAAUUGUUAUUGGAGACGUCUGGGAAUGGGCUGAUAUUGACGACGUCACAUUGAAAACAUUGAAGCUCAAGCUUGGGACCAAUAUCCACUUGGAGCAUGGGAUCAAAGGAUUGAUCAGAAGAGCAGAGAAUUUGUAUUUGGAUGAAGUUGAAGGCAUUUUGAAUGUACUCUACCAAUUGAAUGGGGAUGGAUUUCCUCAACUGAAGCACCUCCACAUCCAAAAUAAUGCCUUAAUUUAG